AUGGAGCGCAUGAUUGUCAUCAUGCAAGAUCCGGACAUGGGUGUCAAGAUGAGAAACCAGCGCUUGCUAAUUACAGUGAUCCCUCAUGCAAUGACUGGGAAUGACAUUGUUGAGUGGCUCAUCCAGAAGUACACCAUCUCUGAGGAGGAAUCCUUGCACCUCGGGAACCUGAUUGUGAAGCAUGGCUAUAUCUACCCUCUCAAGGAUCCCCGCAACCUGGUGCUGCGAGCCGAUGAGUCCCCCUACAGGUUCCAGACCCCGUACUUCUGGACCAGCACUAAGUGGCCAGCCACAGAGCUGGAUUAUGCAAUCUAUCUAGCCAAGAAGAACAUCCGCAAGCAGGGUGACCUGAUCGACCAUGAGAAGGACAACUACAACCUGCUGCACAAGAGGAUCAACCACACCUGGGACUUUGUGGUGAUGCAAGCCCGGGAGCAGCUCCGGGCAGCCAAGCAGCGCCGGAAGGGCGAUCGCAUUGUCAUAGAUUGCCAGGAGCAGGCCUACUGGCUGGUCAACCGGCCCCCGCCAGGAGCCCCAAAUGUGAUGGAGCAUGGGCUGAAGCAGAGGAACUGCCACACCAGCCGAGUGCAGCUCACCAAGAACAUGGAUUAUUACAAGCGGGAGAUCGAGUACUGCCGAAAGGCCAUGGGAAGAACCAGGGUCAAGUCUUCCAUUUGCCUGGAAGGGUACGUCAAGUUUAACGAGCAGUAUGUGCCCCAUGAUCCCAUCAUGUCUGGCUGCCUGCCCAGCAACCCCUGGAUUACAGAUGACACUACCUACUGGACAAUGAAUGCCCCCACAGUGAUGACUCCAACCAAGUUGCGUGUGGAGCGCUGGGGCUUCAGCUUCAGCGAGCUGCUAAGUGAUGCACUGGGCAGGGCACAGUUCAUGGAGUUCCUCAAGAAGGAGUUCAGCGCUGAGAACCUGAGCUUUUGGGAGGCAUGUGAGGAGCUGCGGUAUGGGGAGCAGUCCCGCAUUGCUGAGAUCAUGGACUCCAUCUACCAGCACUUCUUGGCCCCUGGUGCCACCCGGUGGGUGAACAUUGACAGCAAGACCAUGGAGAGGACCCUGGAAGGCCUCAAGACCCCUCAUCGCUAUGUGAUGGAUGAUGCCCAGAUGCACAUCUACAUGCUAAUGAAAAAGGACUCCUACCCACGCUUCCUCAAGUCUGACCUCUACAAGAGCCUGCUGGCUGAGGCCAUCAUUCCUCCUGAGACCAAGAAGCGGGUGUUUCCAUUCAUGCGGAAGCAGCGACACUCAAGCCCUAGCCCAGCCCUGCUGCUGCUGCCUGGGGGUGAGCCAGAAGCCAAGGCAGAGGACAAGAGCAGGACCCCUGUGGCUGCUCCUGUUCCUGAAGAGGAGAGCUAGGGCCCCUUGCCUCGUGGUCCUCACUUGGUCCCUCCACCACCUACCCCACUCAUUCCCAGGCUGAGCACUGGCCUGUGGCUGAGAGAAAGAAUGAGGUGCCUUGCACGAGCCAGGCUGCACAAUGCCCAUCCUGUUUUUUUUCUGAUGCAGCACCUAGAGCUUGGAAGCUGUGGGGCAGGUGGCUGCUCUUGUAUGUCACCCAGCCCCUCCCUCCCUCCCUCUAGGAUGAGCAGCAUAGGUUUGGAGUGGUCUUGCACACUCCAGGCUCCUGGCCCAUGAUGGGGAAUGUGGUAAUUUCCUGCCUCUGCUCUGCCUGUGGCAUGACCUGGUACUCUGUGCGCAGGGGGUUACUGCUGAUCAUCAGUAGGUGCCAGGGUGUUCAGAGUGGUGAGCCUUGCUGAAGCCAGUGUUGUUACUGGUGCCCUUGUGCUGGAGGAGCGGUGACUUACCAGGGGGCAGGGCAGGGCAGGGCAGCUCUCUGGAUCCUGAGUGUUUGCAUAAAUUUAGCCUAGGACAGACACUGCCUGCUACAUUCCCACCAUGUCCUGGCACCCCUGUGCCUGGGCAGCAGGUAAGACAGCUCUCAGAUCCCAGUACAAACCAUCUCAGCCUCAACCCCCCAGUCAUCCUGCCUGUGCUCCUGCCCCAGCAUCAUUUUUCCCCCCCUCCCCCAUCCCAGGCAGUAGCCUGGCCUCUACUGUAGGACUUGCUCUUCCAUGACACUAAAGGAAAGAAGCCAUAUGCCCUGAGGUCUUUGUGCAUGGUUCCGCUUAGCCCAUGCUCUGUGUCCCAGGCUACACCCUUCUCUCUCUGCCUUGGUUCUGGCCUGGGCAUGUAUCCUCUUAAUCCUCCAGCUGCCCCUAGGCCACUGCCUUAGGUAGCUCAUGGUGCAUAGCUGCAGAUUUGGGAACUAGCCUUCACAGCCCAUUUUGCUUCUCAGAGGCUGGGUGAGUCCCCUGCAGGGAGUCAAGCUCAGGUUUCCAUUGGAGGAAGGGGCAGGUUCCCCCCUCAGAUUAACCAUCCCCUGGGCCAUGCUGGUCUACUCCAAGAGCAGCCCUUGCUAGCUACUGCCCAGCCCCUGCUCCCCUUGCAGAGGUCCAGUCUGGGCACUUGUAGGCAUGAUCAGUCCUGCAGACAAGUUGGGCGGGGGGGCUGGUACUGCAUAGGGAGCCCCCUCUUCCCUCCACCCUGCUCACUGUUACACUAAGCAUAUGGAAUCAAUAAAGGACCUUG